AUGGCUGAGGUAUUUCGCAAUGUUGCGUACGUCCAGAUCGAUCCUGUCACUCGACGGGAGAUUGAAGAGCUGCAUCAGGCUAAUAAUACAGCAGAGCUAGAGCUGCGUCUGCGGAAUCGAAUUGAAUUCGGUACAGCGGGUCUGCGAGGUCGAAUGGCUGCUGGCUUUUCGUUCAUGAAUUGCCUCACGGUUAUUCAAGCAUCCCAGGGACUUGCCAAACACAUCGAAAGUCAAGGCAAAGAGUUUGCUUCGAAAGGAGUCAUCAUUGGGCAUGAUGCUCGUCAUCAAUCCCACAAAUUUGCUCAGUUGGCUGCCAAUGCAUUUGUAGCACUGCAAAUUCCAGUCAAAUUUGUGAAUGAAUCGGCUCCCACUCCGCUCGUUGCCUUUGGAGUGAAACACUUCAAGGCAGCUGCUGGUGUGGUAGUGACUGCGAGCCACAAUCCGCCUCAGGAUAACGGCUAUAAAGUCUACUCUAGCAAUGGAGCUCAGAUCAAUCGUCCAGAAGACGCAGAGAUCGCGCAGUCUAUUCUCAAGCACUUGGAACCUUGGCCUAGGGCCUGGGAAGGAGACCGAUGCUCGGGCGAAUACUUCGACAAGGAGGCUCUCCAUGAGAUCUUGGCACCCUUCCAAAGCCGUGUCAAGCAAUAUGCAAUCUCAACUGUGUCCGAAACCUACCCCACUAGGCCAUUCAUUUACACUCCUAUGCACGGGGUAGGCGCAAUCCGCAUUGACCCUUUGAUGAAGGAAAUGGGUAUGCGUCAAGGCCAAGAGUAUAUCAUUGUUCCUCAGCAAGCUCAGCCGGACCCCAACUUCUCGACUGUCAAGUUCCCCAACCCCGAGGAAGCUGGAGCACUGGAUCUCGCAAUAAAAGUGGCUGAUGAAGAGAACAAAACACUAAUUUUUGCCAAUGAUCCUGAUGCGGACCGCUUUGCGGUGGCUGAGAAGGUCGAGGGCAAAUGGUUCCUUCUCACAGGAAACCAUGUCGGUGCUCUUUUCGCAUCUCACCUCUUUGAUACCAUUGACUCGUCCAAAGAUGCAUCAAAAAUCACGGUGUUGACAACAACUGUCUCGAGCGGUAUGCUCCAGAAAAUGGCCGAAUCGAAAGGGAUCCAAUUCAAGGAGACCCUCACCGGCUUCAAAUGGAUGGGAAAUGUGGCGCAAGAUCUCGAGAAGACUGGCCAAACAAUUCUAUUUGCAUAUGAAGAGGCCCUUGGCUACAUGUUCCCGGCUGUGAGCUACGACAAGGACGGAAUUACCGCCAUGUCUGUCUUUUCCAUGGCAGCCGCCAAAUGGCAAGCCCAGGGCUUGACGGUAUUCGGCAAGCUGCAACAGCUCUUUGCCGAAUAUGGCCAUCAUGAGACUCUGAACAAUUACUUCCGAUCUUCCAGUCCCCAGCAAACUGCCGAGCUCUUCCAUGGGAUCAGAAACGGCCCAUUCCUGCCAAAGAUGCAGUUUGGAAAAUUCAAGAUCCUGCGUUGGAGAGACUUGACCGAGGGAUUUGACACUGCAUCCUCUGAUCACAAGCCCGAUCUGCCCGAGGAUCCUACCAGUCAGAUGGUCACCCUCUGGCUAGAAGGGGGAGUGCGCUUCACAUUGCGUGGCUCGGGUACUGAGCCUAAGGUGAAAUGUAAGACUACCCAUUCCAGUGAUGCCAACGUCGCAGAUGUUCUAACCGAAAUGCCUUUAGUCUACAUCGAAUGCUGCAGUGACUCUCGCGGGGACGCCGUCAAGUCUGUAUGCGAUGCAUUUUUCGCCAUCCUGAAAGACUGGGUCCAACAAUAUGCUCCUUCGAUGACAUACAGCAAUGAGCUUUCCACCUCGUCUGGGUCCGUUUUGCUUGUGGACAAAGAGACACUGGCCGCUUGA